AUGCAGCUAAUAAUAAUUAUUAUUCCAACUUUGAGCGAGAAAACCUAUUGAGAAAUAUUUUUAUACAUAAUUAUCAUUUAUAUUAUCAAGCUAGUUAUAUUACAUUUUAUAAGUUUCAAAAUUGUUUUUUGACCAAAAUUAAUUAAAUUAAAGUUUUUGCAACUUUUUUUUGCCUCCUUACGCUUUCGGAUAGUGUGGCCCAUAAAAGGAGGGAAUUCUAGCUCUAUUUUAGAAGAAUUGUCUGCUUUGAGGAUAACGCUGGCAUUGAGACCCAAGGGUCCCAACCAUUCGAAAGACUUUUCCUCAUUCGCCAUCACAUGAGGAGCAGUUACACUAGGAAAAAGAAGCACAUCCUAUAGAGCUGUAAGGGAAAAGGCUGUAGCUCAAUCCGCCUGGAUAAGUAAUACUUGGUCAUUGAGUCGCCACAAGCUCCUUCCCAAAGACUAG